UUAUUGAAAUUGUAAAUGUAUUAGUGACUUAUGGGGGGGCCUAUUCCUCCUGAUGGGGGAAUCUGUCCCAUUUGCUUCAUGGAAAAAUUAGCAAUUCAGUGAAAACUUGAAAAAGGUGUAUUUUCACAUAUAUUAACUUUUUUGAGACUUUUAUUUUCACUGCACAUAUUGUGCUAUUAUUUUGAUGCUACUUUUGGAGCUGACUUUGGCUAUUGAACCUGGUAACCCUGAUAUAGAUUUACUUUCUUUCCCACAAUCCUCCGCGUCGCAUUCUGCGCCGACAUACGCGUGACGUCAGUGCGUUGCCCCUGAUCGGAAACCCCGAUUCUCAGGGAGAUGGUCACUCGGUCCGCCAUUAGAACUGCGAAGAGGAAGCGGUCACGCCGCCAUUAGAAGGAGCAGCAGUAGUCAUUAGAAGGCGGAAGAGAACGGAGGCAGCCCGGUUUUUCUCCAACGCAGUUCUUAAUGCCGGACCGUCUGGGCAAUAGGGCUUCGAUUUCAUCUGUUCCAACGUGAUCGUGACGCUAGGCCUUAAGCUUCCAUUGUGUUCGCUGUUGCCGAGCCUGGGAGCUAUAAGCCGGUCUUAGACGGAGGAUACGCGUACGAAGAACCUGUCACACCACGCUGAGGGACUGCGCCUUCUGGGAUUCGGUGCGGACUGAAGGUCUCGGACACGGGCUGAACCAUCUGGGACACGGACUGAGGGGUUCGGACUGAACCAUCUUGGGAACGGGUUUAUCAUUUUGGGACACGAACUGUGCUCCCCAUUGGGGCGUGGAGGGAACCUUCUGGGACACGGACUUUGUUUCCUGGGGACUUUUACCCACUAGGACAAGGACUGAGCUCCAUUUUGGAUCAGGGACUUGCUACCUGGAUAGAUCUGGACUAUUGAACUGUUGAUUUUUUUUUUUGUCCACACAGAAUUCCUUGGACUUUUAAAGAAGACCGGGAGAUUGUCCUGGAGUGUGGGGGGAGGGCAGGGGCCUUGCCUGAUGGGCUCCUGUGGUGCCAGUGUGGUGCCUGACAUUACACAUCAGUGUGACCUAUGCUGAGCCUCUCCUGUGUGUGUGUUGUGCUGAGUGAGUGAGUGAGUCCCUGUUGUCUCUGUAUCUCUAGCUAUAGAAAGGCCGCUAACAUGUCUUGUGUGCAUUAUAAGUUUUCCUCCAAGCUCAACUACGACACGGUCACCUUUGAUGGGCUGCACAUCUCCCUGUGUGACCUGAAGAAGCAGAUCAUGAGUCGAGAGCGGCUGAAGGCCAACGACUGCGACCUGCAGAUCACCAACGCCCAGACGCAAGAAGAAUACACAGACGAGUCUGUACUAAUUCCCAAGAACUCGUCUGUUAUUGUUCGAAGAAUUCCCAUCGGAGGUGUGAAGACUACAAGCAAAAGUUAUGUCAUAAGUCGAACAGAGCCACAGAGUGGACCGCCGAAAUCAAUUGAUGACGCAUCUUCAUCUAUUUCUCUGGCCCAGCUAACUAAGACAGCCAAUCUGGUUGAAGCCAAUGCUUCUGAAGAGGAUAAAAUCAAAGCAAUGAUGUCCCAGUCUGGUCAUGAAUAUGAUCCCAUCAACUAUAUGAAGAAGCCUCUAGGACCACCCCCUCCGUCCUACACGUGUUUUCGAUGUUUGAAGCCUGGACAUUACAUUAAGAACUGUCCUACAAAUGGGGACAAAAAUUUUGAAUCUGUUCCUCGAAUCAAAAAGAGCACUGGAAUUCCUCGUAGCUUUAUGGUUGAGGUGGAAGACCCUAAUAUGAAGGGAGCCAUGCUUACAAACACUGGAAAAUACGCUAUACCAACCAUAGAUGCUGUGGCUUAUGCUAUGGGCAAGAAAGAAAAACCACCUUUCCUUCCGGAGGAACCUGCUUCUUCUUCCGAAGAUGAAGACCCCAUUCCCGAUGAAUUGCUGUGUCUCAUCUGUAAAGAUAUGAUGAGCGAUGCUGUUGUUAUCCCUUGCUGUGGGAAUAGCUACUGUGAUGAAUGUAUACGCUCUGCACUGCUGGAAUCUGAGGAUCACACCUGCCCUACGUGUCACCAGCCCGAUGUUUCUCCAGAUGCUUUAAUUGCCAACAAAUUCUUACGCCAGGCUGUGAACAACUUUAAAAAUGAAACGGGAUACACAAAAAGAAUUCGUAAACCGCAGUCUGCUUCAUCUCAGCGUCAGCCACAGCCUUCUGCGUCUUCAAGCAAAGCACCGCCUCCUUCACGUCCACUGACCUCUCGUCAGCAGGACCCUCUCAUAGCUCCGGCUGCAUCCUCACCCCCAGCCAAUCCAACUCCAGCUAGUACUGCUCAAAGCCAGCCAACAGCAACUGCUGCACCACAAGCCAAUCCUGCUGCUCCUCCUCCUCCUGCUGCUGCUACUUCCUUGCCUCCUCGGACUGCAUCUCCAACAGACCCACCUAUAGUACUGCCAUUACCUGUCCCCAAAGAGAGAGAGAAACCAGAGCCAUUAUUCCACAGUCGGGAAAAGGUUACCGCUCGGUCCAACUCUUCCUCUUCUGCCCCUGUCAAUACAGCAAGUUGCUUGCCCUUAUCAAACACCUCACAUGUAGGAGAGAAGGGCUUCCAUGUUCCUGUACUUGGCCAGUUACCAUCCCUAUUGCACUCUCACCCAGCACUGCCACCCCUUUUGAGAACCAAUAUUCACAGACUUUCUGCACCAAGACCACUUAUGGGAUGGGAUAGUCUCAACCGGGGCCGGCAUCCACACAAUGAUCGUCCACCUAGAAACCAGAAUCCCUCCCUUGGAUCUUCCGGACCUGCCUACGUUCAUACGCCCCCACCUCCUUUGUUUCCACCACCGCCCCCUCAUGGGCUGUCAUUGCCGCCUGGAGUGCCGCCACCACAAUUUCCACCGCAGUUCCCUCCUGGUCAGCCUCCCACUGCUGGCUAUAGUGUUCCCCCUCCAGGCUUCCCUUCUGCUCCUGCUACUCUGUCUGCUCCAUGGGUUGCUCCAGCAGUGCAAAGCGCACACACUGGAGCCCACCAGACGCCUUCGUUGGCACCCCCGUUAUCAAAAGAAGAGUUCUACAGAGAGCAGCGCAGGCUAAAAGAAGAAGAAAAAAAGAAAUCAAAACUUGACGAGUUUACAAAUGAUUUUGCAAAGGAGCUUCUAGAAUAUAAAAAGAUUCAGAAAGAGCGCAGACGAUCCUAUUCCAGAUCCAAAUCUCCUUUCUCUGGAUCAUCAUAUUCUAAAAGUUCCUACUCUUAUUCAAAAUCAAGAUCAUGUUCUUCACGUUCACGCUCCUACUCGCGAUCCUUCAGCCGUUCUCGCUCCCGUUCUUUCUCUCGGUCCCCUUCGUACCAGAGGAAACCUCACUCAAAAGGUCGCCCCCGUUCUAGAUCUAGGUCUCACGGAUGCCCUCGCUCCAGAUCCAGAUCUCCCUCAUACAGACGUUACCACUCUCGCUCAAAGUCCCCAGUAUACAGACUUCCUUCCCCUGCCAAGAGGGUGAUACCCCAGGGGGAGGCUGAGCGUGGCUACUUAAACAGAUAUCGUGACAUACCUCCCUAUGAUGUCAAAGCUAUGUAUGCUCGGCAGCCUAACCUUCGAGAAAAUUAUGAAAAAGAGCAGUAUAGAGAGUGGGAAAAAUAUAGGGACUUGUGUGAAAAAUAUUAUAAAGACUGUGCAGUUAAUGCUAUGCCGAGACAGAGAUCUCCUAUGAACAGAGAUCAUUUCUCUCCUAGCCGAUAUGUCAUUCCUCCUCAAGGUCGUAGGGACAAUUCUCCAUACAGUAGAGGGCGCAGAGAAGAAUAUCCUCCAUUUACACACAGAGGUCGUCCAUUAGGUGCCAAUUAUCCAGAAAAACUAUUACCCCGUGACGCACACAUUGUAAAGGAUGUUAGAAGAUCAAAAGAAAAAGAGAGUGCUAAUGUUAUUGGAGACUCCAAAGGAAAUAAACACAAAAAACAUCGAAAGAGAAGAAAGGGGGAAGAAAAUGAAGGGUCUUCAAAAGUCGAGGCGCUCUCGUCCAGAAAGACACGAGAUCUACAUGGAGACGAUAACAAAAGAGCUGAACCUGUCUUCGUACCCUCAAGCAAAGACGAUGCCACACCAGUGAGAGAUGAACCAAUGGAUGCAGAGUCCAUUGCUCUAAAACCCCUGUUGGAAAAAGAUAAACGAGAGAAACCAAAAGUAAAGCAAGAAAAGACCAAGCGCAAGCCUGAUACAAACCAGUCUAAAAAGGAAAGCUUCUCUAAAGUAGUCAAGGUUGAGAAGGGUGGUGGGGAUGGUGAUAAGGAUACGCCUGCAGUUAAUGAGCCACCAGCCAAGAGGGUCAAAGAGGAGUCCCAUAAAGGUGACGGCACAAAGAACCCAAUGCCACAGAAGGACGAUAAAGCUGCUUUGCUACCACGGAAGGUGCAUCUCAAGAUGAUCAAGGAAAACCAGGAUGGCAAACCAGCAAAAGAAGACAAUCCCAAGAAAGAGCAUACAAAACAAGACAAACCUCCUAGCAAGGAUGAGAAACCCAAAAAACCUACAGAGAAACCCAAGCCCACAGAGCCCAAAUCAGAAAAACGCAAGAGGAAACCAGAUGAUAAACUCUCAGAUAAGGAGCAAGAAAAGACCACUUUGAAAACCUCUAAACCCGACACCAUCGAGAAUGCAAAGCCUUCAACCUCCAAAAUUAAGUCUGAGGUAGAAGUACAGAAACCAGAAAAAAUCCCAGAAAAGGAAAAAGAGAAGGAGAAAGCAGUAUCCACGACUGUCAAAAAAAUUAAACUGAACCGAGAAACUGGAAAAAAGAUAGCCAGCUCUGAAGCCAGUGGCCCAGUAGAAGUUCAAGACAAAGCAGAACCUGCACCAGCAGUGAAGUCCAAAGUAGAGCGUGUUAAGGGGAAGAUUAGAAAGAAAGUCCCAGCUCCAGAUGGUUCUGGCUCCACUUUAGUUGAUUAUACCAGUACAAGUUCCACUGGAGGGAGCCCUGUGCGAAAAGGGGCUGAAAAAGUGGACAGUAAGAGAACAGUGAUAAAGACAAUGGAGGAAUACAAUAAUGACAAUUCUACUCCAACUGAAGAUGUCAUCAUUAUGAUUCAGGUUCCCCAGUCCAAGUGGGAUAAGGAUGACUAUGAGUCUGAAGAGGAUGACAAAAAGGAUUCCCAAGACACAUCUAGCACUGGGAAGCCUAUGAGUGUAGUGACAAAUGUUAGUGCUAAACCUUUAUCCAUUACUGCCCCCGGCGACAAAGAUGCUGUGCCUACUGAAAAGCCCAAGUCAUCCCGUGACCAGGCUACUGAAAGUCAUCCUCAAGAUACCAAAACUUCAAAGGAACUUCCAGGAACAUCCAGCAGCAGGAGUAAAGCCAAGGAAAAGGAUAGUCCUGCUGCUUCCGAGAAGGACACAUCUGAAAAAAGGAAAGUAGAGGGCAGUUCCGAAUGCAGUAGUCGCCAGUCUUCAAAAGAGAGGCUGUCGGAAAAGCAAGAAUCAAGUCGUAGCAGCUCCAGCAAAGACUUCACCCCCAACCGGGAGAAGAAAUUAGAGCCUUCUGACAGCAAGGACAGAAAGCUGGAGCAUGAAACGAGAGAAAGGGAAAGAAAAUCAGAGCACGAUAGCAGAGCUAAGAAGCCAGAGCAUGACAACAGAGAUAAGAAGCAAGAGCAGGACAGCAGAGACAAAAAGACAGAGCACGACAACAGAGACAAAAAGACAGAGCAUGACAGCAGAGACAGGAAGCCAGAGCAUGACAGCAGAGACAGGAAGCCAGAGCAUGACAGCAGAGACAGGAAGCCAGAGCAUGACAGCAGAGACAAGAAGCCAGAGCAUGACAGCAGAGACAAAAAGCCAGAGCAUGACAGCAGAGACAAGAAGUCAGAGCAUGACGGCAGAGACAAGAAGUCAGAGCAUGACGGCAGAGACAAAAAGCCAGAGCAUGACGGCAGAGACAAGAAGCCAGAGCAUGACGGCAGAGACAAGAAGCCAGAGCAUGACAGCAGAGACAAGAAGCCAGAGCAUGACAGCAGAGACAAGAAGCCAGAGCAUGACAGCAGAGACAAGAAGCCAGAGCAUGACAGCAGAGACAAGAAGCCAGAGCAUGACAGCAGAGACAAGAAGCCAGAGCAUGACAGCAGAGACAAGAAGCCAGAGCAUGACAGCAGAGACAAGAAGCCAGAGCAUGACAGCAGAGACAAGAAGCCAGAGCAUGACAGCAGAGACAAGAAGCCAGAGCAUGAUAAAAAAGACAAGAAGCCAGAGCAUGACAGCAGAGAAAAGGACAAAAAGCAAGAACAUGAUGGCAGGGAUAGAAAAAUUGAGAAUGAAGCAAAGGAAAAGGACAAGAAGCCAGAGCAUGAAAGCAGAGAUAGGGAAAAGAAAGCAGAGCAUGAGAGCAAGGAUAGGGAUAGUAGAGAGGAUUAUGACAGUCGCGAUUACAGCAGCUCUAAGAGGCGGGAAGAGAAGAAAAGGGAGUCUUCACCAAAAGGCAAAGAUUCAUCAUCUUCUAGCUCUCAAAAGGCUAAAGCCAAAGACACUCAGAUUGAAACCUCAAGGAAACGUCCUGCAGAUGCCCGACUUAACUCCAGCCCACCUCGAGAGCGCAAGCCACGUGUGGAGCAAAAGCCCUCUGACACCAAACGCUCUCCCAGUGAGCAGAAACCAAAUGAGAAAAGCAGAGAGAAAAGUAAAGAGAAAAUAAUGAAGGUAAAAAGUACAGAAGAAUCAAGCGAGAGUAAAGCUUCUCACUCUAAGUGCACAUCGCCAGAGCCCAAGACAGACAAGGACACGAGUGACAGGGACACUAAAGGAAAGGUCCCUCAAAGCCGGUCCUCCCGAGUCUCUUCUGACCUGACCAGAGAGACCGAUGAGGCCUCCUUUGUACCAGAUUACAAUGAGAGUGAUAGUGAGGGGUCAGUAAAGCAGGAAGAUGCCACUGCCUCCCAAAACAAAGUUAAUGACAAACCUGCAUUGGAAAGUACAGAACCAGUAGACUCCAGUAUAACUGCAACUGCCCAUAGCAGCCCAAGUGGCAGUCGCAGCCCAGCAGAGUCGCUGACUCAUAGCCGCAGCAGCAGCCCCAGUUCUGGAGGCAGCCCAGAUAGGAAACGGCGGAAAAAGGAGAAGAAAAAACACAAGAAGCAUAAGAAACACAAGAAGCAUAAGAAGCACACGGGCAACGAAUCCGAGACUGAAAAGAGCCAGAAACACAAACACAAAAAGAAAAAGUCCAAAAAGAACAAAGACAAGGAGGCAGAGAAAGAGGAAUCCAAACCACCUGUGUAAUUUAAAGCCAACCCCUGGGGCAAGAACCUUUUGCAAAGACACUCGUAUCUUUUUUUUUUUUUUGCAUUCAAUGAAUCCAAUCUUUUUUUCUUUGUAAAUAUGGGAGAAAAAAAAACGAUGCCACACUUAAUAUAUUGGGGAUUAUUUGACUUUUACUUCAGAGCUUUAUCAAGUGAACGUUUCCUUUUUUUUCUUUUUUUUGUACAGAGGUUUACAUAUUGUGACCAUAUUACAGACAACUCUUGCUUUCGUUUAGAUUUUGUUUCCAUCUUGGGGGCAUUGCGUGUUUACCCAUGAAACGGGUGGAAAUCGCUGUACUGUGAAAAAACGGCCUGGUAAAUCGGAACGGAUGCUGCUCUGAAUGCCAACACAUUGGCCACCCAUGCACUGAAAUGCCACGUUUAAUCCGCAAACGGUCACCCUUUGAUAUUAUAGACAUUUUAAAACAGAAUCUUAUGUGAGAACACAGGGGUUGCUUUAAGGGGGACGUUCUAGAAGAACUGUUUCUACAAGGCCUGAUAAAAGCAUAUUGUACCAUGUAUUGCACUCUCUCCAAUUUCCACGAGGCAGGUUAGAAAAUCCCAUCGGAUGAAGACCACAAUGCCACGUUGAGGUGGUCCUUUACCCGACAGGUCUACUGUACAUAGGUCCAUAUUAGGAUCCAGUCGUCGGCUGUCACCAUACGAGUGGCAUUUCGAUUGGUCUUCAUUUUUAUGGUUUUUGAGUUCAAGGAUGCUCUCUGGUGCUCAGCUACCUAUAAAGCAAGACUGACUGCAAAGCAAUGAUUCUCCCCUCAGUCCCGGCAUGCCCUUUUAGUCAAGCCCUCGAGCCUAUGAGACGUCGAUAACUGUAAAGUAGAAACCCAGCUGCUUUGAACGGAAGACUUCUAGUCAUCUGCAAUGAGCUGACAUACAAAUACAAGAGCAGCUUGUUUUUCAAUUUUAACCACCCGCCAUCUUGCGUGUGUUUUUAAUGGCUUUAUAGACAAGGGGGAUGUCCAGGCUAUGAGCUUCCAGCUGUACAGACAUCUUCCAAUAGCUGGACGCCAUGCUUUAGCUCUCCUUAAUCACAUGUUCCUCAGCGAGUCCUGGCAUGGGGUGUAGGUAGUGGUGCCCUGGACCUGAGUUCUGCUGCUGCUGGAUUUUAUUUACAUGUUGUCGUAUUCAUGACCCAAUCAAUGGCCUAUUCAUUGGCUGUUUAGGCAGAGCACAUCCCUGAAGCAACAGGUUUGACUGAGGCACUUGUACGUUUAGCAAGACGUUGCUCUGAGUUUGCAGGUUACAUUGAGUGCUACAUAGAGAAUCGGAUGGACACCCCUUCGGAGGCCUAGGAAAUAAUCAGCCAAAGAGAAUCUACCCCAAAGGAACGUCUUUAGGAGAUUACAGAUUGCAAAGAUCCCAUUCUUAUGAUCCGGUGGGUUCUGAUUGGCUACGAUGCAAUAUGGUGGCUCUUUGCAAAGGGUCAGUUGCAUGUUUGGGUCCAUUGCAUCUCAAACUGUACCAUGGUCUCGGUCAUACUCAGUGUUGGACUGGGCCUCCUGGAGGAGCUGGUGCCAAAUAGAUGUAGAUCUGGUAAACGAUUUAGAUGUUUUAUUGCUCUAUGAUGGAAUAAGGGCUGAUGGGAAUUGUCCUUGGCUGGGUUUGACGGGGACCAGCUACUGUGGCCGGCCCAACACUUGGUCACAUUUGAGUAGUUUGGGGCCCAGUGGUGCAGCCAAAACACAAUCCAGGGGGUCAGUCAUGUUUAUUCUGCUUCUCAGUUUAGGUAACGAUGACCAACUUUUCUCUGCAACUGUUUUAAACCUGUGACUACUGUAAGGAAUGUUCUGUAGAGCCAAGGCUGGAGCCUGUUUAAGGCCUAUAAUGAAGAGGCCUGUCUUCCUUGGCCUCAUUUACAGCAGAACAUUAAUCAAGUUAGCCUGUUCUUUCCUUUGCACUUUUUAUCAGCAGGUUUUUGUUGUUUUUUUUAAGUUACCAAUGAGAGUUGUCGCUAAGCAGAGAGAGAGAGAGGAAAUGACGAAGCCAAUGUCCCAUAGGUCGGAAUAUUUCUUAUGUUCUAAACCUUGUGUAAACGUUAAAGGCAACCCUACCUCAGAAGUGUUUGUAAAUAUUUCUUUUGUGAAUAAAUCAGAAUGAACUUAAUGAUGCUGUGGUUGCAAUGGUGUAAACUAAACAAGACAUUAAAAUUGCGAUUUCUUAUGCUUUUUUUUU